GCAGUGGUUUGCAGUGGCGAGACACCGCCUAUUGCAAUUGGGAUUCCAGUCCCAUCCUUUGGACCAGUGACAGCCAUGGUCGGCAUGUCGAUGAUCUUUUUGGUUGUGGCUCAGCUUCUUCGCCUACAGCACCGGACCAAAGAAGGAGAAAGAUCUCUGGAGUUCUGCGGCUGUCAACUCGCAAGAACAGCCACAGAGUCGGUCACGACUCAAACAGACUAUCUCAAAGGCAUCAAGCCGAUGACCUGUGCCGACAACGACCUCGAGCGAGAUCUCACCUCUCGAGAGCAGAGCUCACUCCGAGCGCUGUUUGGGGCACUUCAAUGGCCAGCGACGCAGACGUUGCCACACCUAUGCGCUUCGGUGUUGCUUCUAUGUGGAGAAGUCACCACAUCCACAGCGGGCGUUGCCCAACAGGCGAACAAGACCUUGCGUUUUGCAAAGAACAACAACGAUGCAGGUCUGAUUUUUAGAUCACCGGGUGGUUCGCUGGACAACCUGUGUAUGGUGGCCAUGAGCGACGCAGCAUGGGGGGUGAGGCGAAACGGUGAGGGCCGAGGGGGCUGCUUGGUUUUGUUCGCAACAAGGCCAGGACACCUCCGACCACGACUAUCUCAUCUUCUACUGGAGGAGCUUCAAACUUCCAUCAGCAGAUCCUCCCUGAACGCUGAGAGUCAAGCCUGCUCGGCAGCCAUGGACGCCUUGGAGUACCUCCUCAUCUUCUGGGAAGGAUGCUUGAAGCAUGACUUCCAGCUCCGACAGGUCAAUGAACUGAAGCUUUCAUUGUCUUCAGCCUUGGUGGUGGACGCAAAGGCUCUCUACGACAGCCUCAAGGCCACCAAGAAGAAGACUUUGGCUGAGCGGCAGGCAAAUGCUCGCAAGCGUGCGAUCAGCCGAUCGGGGAAUCGGCGUAGCCUGGCAUACACGAUCCUCUGCGAGGAUUUCAGCCCAGCUUCGAGGCUACAACAAGACCUUCGUGAUUCAGAUGCCUACAACGCCGAGCUCAAGGACAAGCUCGACGCGCUGGAGGGAGACGACAAUGAAUUGGAGAAAGAAGUGGACGACCUGACCUUGAUGAGAGACUCCUUGUCAGGAGACAUCGGGGAGCUGGACGGCAAGUACAAAGAUGUGAGAAUGAAGUGGCAGGUGGCGCACGAGAAGCUGGAAGCCAUCAAGUUCGAGCUGGACCGCCGUCCCAUCGCCAGGACCAUCUACACCACGCGCACUGGAGGGAAGUACCACAUCUACCCUGACUGCCAGGGACCCUCCGGCGCGGAUCCAGGCUCCAUGAAGCA